AUGUCGCAGUGUGUGCAAUCUCUUCCGCCAUGCACCCACUAUUCCAACACGAAACACAACCUACUAACUAGUGCAAAUAUAAGUAGAGGAAAUGGACCGUAGGGGUGUAUAGUUGAUCUGGAACUUUUUAUAUGCGGUUCCUUUACACCCGUGACGUCAUGACGCGGUCCAGGCGGCGCGCAUGUGCAGUGAAGAGCAGCGCUGUCCUGGUGCUGAAGCCCGGUGUCGUGCUGAUGAUGGAGGGCAGGUCUCUGUGUGACGGGCUCUCAGAGCAGCGCUCCGUGUUCCUGGUGUCCGACACUCACGGACAGCAGCUCAUCUCUGUUCUCCGGACCUUCAGAGAGCAGAAGAUGCUGUUUGACUUCAACAUUCGUGUACAGGAAGAAACGAUCCCGUGUCAUCGAUGUGUCCUCGCCGCGUGCAGCGACUUCUUUAGGGCAAUGUUUCAGCUGGACAUGAGAGAACGUGAUGAUGGCUCAGUGAUCCUCAGUAACCUCCCGGCACCUGCGGUUCACACAUUCCUGGACUUUGCUUACUCCGGUGAGAUAGAACUCAGAGAAGAUAAUGUGGAUGUGAUGUUUCAGCUGGCCUCCUUCCUGCAGGUCGGUUUCCUCUCGCGCGCAUGCAGCGACUUCUUGGUCCAAAGCCUCGACAUCUCCAACUGUCUGCAGCUGCUAGCGGUCUCCGAGGGUUACGGAGCGCCACGCCUCCUGCGCCGAGCGGCUGACUUUGUCACACAGAACUUUCACAUGCUGUCCUCCCGUGCGGACUUCCUCGAGAUGCCGGUGGCGGUCCUGGCGCGUUGCCUGUCCUCUGAUGGCCUCAGUGUUCCAGACGAAGAAAGCGUGCUGCGCGCUCUCCUGCGGUGGACUCGACAUGAGCUGCAGACACGCGAGAGUCUGCUGCCAGAGCUCCUGUCGCAGGUCCGUCUUCAUCAUCUCCCUCACGCUGUCCUGGAGCACGCCGCCCGCUCAGAGGUGCCGCUGUCCACUGAUGAACGCUGCCGGCGUGUGCUGAGAGAUGCGGCGGGACGUGUUCAAGAGUUUAGCGGGUUGUUCCCAGACGCUCGUCCUUCCACCACCUCCAGCUACAUUUACGUUCACAAAACGGCGGAGAACGGAGAGACACGUCAUGCUUUCUGCUAUGACGUCAGUUCGGACCGCUGGACGGAACUGGCCGUGCUCCUCUCAGAUCUGCCCGGAUCAGCCCUCAGCAAUUUUGCGGAGAAGCUCUUUGUAAGUGGAGGAUGUCGCGGCGGCUGUCGGCGUACCGCUCGCCUGCACAUCGCCCAACCUCAUCACGACGCUACAGAUGAAGUCUGGUGCUACUGCCCCGUGUCCAGCACCUUCACGCCGGCCCCGCCCAUGAGACGCUCUCGGACCAUGCACACGUCCGUCAGCAGUCUGUGUGGCAUCUUCGUCUUCGGCGGGAGAACUGCCGGCCCCAGCGGCACGUGUAGUCUCCUGGACGUGGAGUUCCUCGAUCCUCUGAGAGGCGAGUGGAAGAGCGUCAGUCCUUUACCCAAAGGGAUCUACUUCCCUGAGGCGAGCGUCUGCGGGAACAUCAUAUACGCCCUCGGCUCUGAGGUGGAGGUUACGGAGGCCUUUAAUCCCUCUCUAGACUGUUUUUUCCGCUAUGACGCCGCGACGGAUCAAUGGUGUGAGCUGGUAGCGGAGUUUGGUCACGCCACACUGGUGAAGGCCGUUUCAAUCCACGAGACGUUAUAUCUGUGCGAUCUGUCCACAUAUAAAGUGUUCAGUUUCUGUCCGGACACGUGCGUGUGGAAGGCCGAGGGCUCGUUCGAGUGUGCGGGUUUUAACGCCGGUGCCGUCGGGGUGCGGGAGAAGAUCUUUAUUCUGGGGGGAGAUUACUCACCCGACGAGAUCACAGAUGAGGUGCAGGUGUAUGACAGAGAGCGCUCAGAAUGGCAGGAGGUGGCACCGAUGCCACGCGCUCUCACAGAGUUUCACUGUCAGGUGUUGAGCUUUGACACACACAGAGACCCGUGGAAAACACACACAAGUGAGAUGGAUUCUAGAUCUAUAUAACUCACUCCAACCUUCAACCGUAUGGAUCCACAUGUUUGAUGCUCAGUGACUGCUGUUUACAAUCUUCUUUUGUGCUGAUCCCUCAUAACCAGUGUUGGGUGAGUUACUCUGAAAAAGUAAUCCAUUACUAGUUACUAAAUACAUAUUCAAUAUUAUACAUCAGUUCUCUCUGGUUCUCAAAUCUGAUUGGCUGAUAGCCAUGAGAUACUCUAUAAGGAUUAUCACGGGAACGGACUGUUGAACCGCUUCACUGACUGUUUGUAUCACUGCGUCACUAAAAUAACUCGGACUAUACAGUCCUCGCAACUGUGAUACUCUGAAGAAAUUAGAUUGCCAUCAAACAAACACACAAAGCAGUUUAUCCUUUCCAGAAUGUUUACUUCUGUGAUGCGUUUUUUUAUGGCAUAAAAUAAACAAAAUAUGAAAUGACAAACUGCACAUUAAAUGUACAGUUUGUAAGAAUUUUGCAGUAAAAUAUCCAAAAACCACUAGGCCAAUGUUAUAUAUUUUUUCAGCUGAGUACUAACAGUUACGAGCGGCCCAAUACACUUAAGCCUUGACUUUGGGAUGACGAUAGAUCCUGAUUGAAAGAUAGAAGGGAUCUAGGAGGACGAUAUUCAGUCUGUAACUCACAAAGAUAAGAGGAGGGUAAACCAUUUAAAGAUUUAUAAACAAGGAGCAAGAUCUUAAAAUCCACUCUAAGAAAAUGCAGAAUCAAAUGUAAUCAUACAAAUUUUUACAAAAUGUUGUGGAUUGUGUAAGGAACAAAGAAACCUUUUUAUUAUUUUGACAAAUUUAUCUUAAAGAGAUGUCCCAGAGUCAAAAAAACAUUGUUGUUACUGUGUAUUAACAUUGCUUCUUGGCUUAUAGGCAAAAACAUAAAGACACAAUGAUACGCAGCUCAACAACAGGAGACGUUUUAUUGUGGAGACGUGCAGAUUGUUUAAAGAUUGUCUAAGUGGCGAGUUGUUAUCUCUGAAAGCCCCCAGGGAUGGGUUAAAAACAGGAAGACUAUCCGUUCUGUUCAAUAUGCUUCUGAAAGAAGAUAUUAAAAAAGGUUGCUUCUCAAAUAUGUGACUUCUUUCAGCCUUCUCAUUAUGACCCAAUUAUAACCCGUGAUCUGUAUAUUCUCUCUUAACUGAUCAUCAUAGAGGACUUUACUGAAGCAAUCUGUCUCCGCACAGUUGCCAUAAGGGCCCUAUUUAGGAUAAAUCUUGUUCCCUUGGGAGAACAUUCUUUGACAGUUUGAGCAUGGUGCUAUUUCCCUAUAGGUGUUUGUUGUUUAAUCUCUGAGGUACGCUUGACAUUCUAUAGACUGAGGAAGUUCUAGGCGGGGUAGAGAAGAGUUGCGCCUGCCAUUUUUUGGACGAGCCUGCAUGUAUGACAUUAUUACAUAUGACACAUGUUUAUGCCAUGUAUUGAUGCAUGAGGAAUUUAUCAUAAUUCUUCUUGCUGGUUUUGUACUACACACAGAAGCACCAAAAUAUUUACUUGAUGAUUGUUUGUUAUAGCAAACACAAUUAACAGUGGAUUCCAAUGUGUAGAAGUGUUGGUUUUUGUUUCCUGAUCUGUAAAGUUCCUCUGGAAAUUUCAAAUUUUCAAAAAAUCGGCAAAGUUUCUCCAUAACUUCUUCUUUUGUGUCAUAUUUAAGGUUCAUCUAGAAACGGUAAAAUAAGAAAACAACGAGAAGAAUAUAAAAACAAUAUCUGAACAGAGUUGAUAUGAAGUGGGUGUACAUAAAUUCAGCUACAGUCCAAAUAUUGUGUGACUCUUACUAUGACUAACAACACUCAGAAGGGUGUCCGCUUGGGCAGGUGAGUCUUGUAUUGGUCGAAUGGCUCAGGAAAUUCCUCUCUCAAACUUUGAAACACCUCUGGAUGGAUCAAGCUGUCAGGGGUGAUGUCAUCAUUGUGAAUAAUCGCUAAAGAGAAUAUGCUGUGAAGAAUCUUUAAAGGAAAACUUUAGUGAUUACGAUGAGAAUUAAAUCCAGACUGCUAUUGAAUGGCCUAAUGUGGUUUUAAUCUGUUGCCACUCUUACUGGCUGAUAAAUAGCCUAUAGUAAUUGUAUAUAAAGAAUUUUCCUCUACUUACCUCAUUCACGUAACAUUGAAGCGUGUUCUGCUGGUUUUCGCUUAAAUCUGUUCUGUCUGUUUUUUCAUAUUCUUCAAUGACUUCCGAAGUAAACUGUUUACAGCUGUC